AUGGAUCUGGAGAUCUGUCAGCCGAUCAUCGCUUGGUUCAGGAACGAUCCUGCGACCUUGGAUUUCUAUAAAGGACAUCGACUUCCGACCCCAGAGGCGAGAGUGAAUCAAAAAAUCAUGAUCAAUCAAGCCUUGAAUAUGCUUGACGAUCAAUUGGAGGGAAAGACCUGGCUGUGUGGAGAAAGAUUUUCUGCAGCUGAUAUCCACUUCUAUGGGUUGAUGAAGAAGAUGAAAAUGCAAGUGUGUGAAUGGAUGCUGCUUCCUGGACGAGAGAACUUACUGUCAUAUUGGAAGAGGUUGGAUGAGCGGGAGGCUUCCCAAAAGGCUUUGCAGAAGUUCCCAGCCAAAGUCACCGUCUAA